GAGCAUCACCGCUGUUGUCAACCGCAGUGAUUGCAUUCACCGCGGCAGACCAAAGAGGUGAAUGCAUCAACCGCGGUGAAUGCCUGACGUAACACUAAAACUUCAAAUAAACGUAACUUUGCGCUCGGUUAUCCGAUUGUAGCGAAAUUUUUUUUGAUUCCACAUACUUUUCAAUAUCUUUCAAUCUACAACAAGCCUUUAUCCCAAAAAAAUUCGUUUGCUACCCCGAACGAGUAAUUUUUCGAUUUUGACAAACUUUGGAAGAUCAUAACUUUGUGCUCCACAAUCCGAAUGUCAUGAAACUUUUUUUGAUUUCGCAUAACUUUUGAAGUACUACAACUUUUAUUAUAACCAUAAUUUUGGAAAGUAUGUGGAUUUCUGUAAAGUAAAGGCAAAGUUAUUGCCAAAAUCCGGUAUACCCAAAAACAUUUAUUUUUGAAAAAAUUCUUUCCUAGUAAAAGUUGUAGUUCUUAAAAAGUUAUGCGCAUUCAAAAAAAACUUUACGCCGUUCGGAUUGACGAGCUAAAAGUUAUGGCCUUCUAAAGUUUGGAAAAAUCGAAAAAUUGCUCGUUCGGGGUAACAAACGACAUUUUUUUUAGAUUAAGUCUUUCUUCAGAGUGAAAGAUCUUGAAAAGUUAUAUGGAGUAAAAAAAAUCGCUACAAUCGGAUAACCGAGCGCAAAGUUACGUUUGUUUGAAGUUUCAGUGUUACGUCAGGCAUUCACCGCGACCAUCAACCGCGGUGAUGCAUUCACCGCUUUGGUCUGCCGCGGUGAAUGCAUUCACUGCGGUUGACAACAGCGGUGAUGCACAAACAUGUGUAUUUUGGGAAAUUUUUUUAUAAUGUGUGUAUUUUGAGAAUUUUUUUAAAAAAAUAUAUGUAUUAUGGGAUUUCAUCCAGCCCGUUACUCCCCCACCCAACCACUACCCCAAGUCUCCAACUAACACAACACAUUUCUUGUCAUAAAUCAGUUGGUCCAUUAACUCGAGUCGUUGGCAGAAGAUUAUGUUGGAUCUUAUACCACUCUCUAACAAGCCUUCUCAAACGAAAGACAACUCAUGGGCUCAAAGUUUGCACAGGGAUCACCAUAUCUUGUGCAUUCUUAAUAAACUAUUAAUAUUGGGGUCAUGGAGAUUCGUACACACGACAACUUUGCCAAACCAGCUCUGAAUACUUAUAUAUAAUAGGAGCCCGCUCUGGCGAUUGGGGUCGAAAGAGAGAAACGGUCCAGCUGGCCCAGGAGAUGCAGAAGACCGAGUGGGUUGAAGAAGAUGGUCUGGCCCAAGGUUGUACCGUUGCUGAUGUUGUUGUCGAGAACCACUGCUGACUCCGCCGCCGCCACAACAAGAGGACUAAAGGGAGCUACUACCGUGAUUGCCACCAUUACGUCCACCACGACGAGACUGGUCAGAGUAGAGGUGGUGGGAACAGAACUCAGGCGAGAAUGUUCCUUCAGAUCCGCUUCGUAUUCCACAAGAGAAUCAAGAAACUCUUUGAUGGAGAUUGUGGUGCCUCUAGCUCGAACAGUUGUAGAGAAAUGAUUAUACUCCGAACCCAGACCACAAAGGCAUUGAAACAACAAGAUCAAGAUCCGAAACAGGUUCACCAACGAGGGCAAGUUCAAUCGCAGUCAGCUUUAGGUCAUUCACAAAGGUAAGAACUUCUUUGUUCCCUUUAAUUAUGCGAUUUAACUUGCCCUUGAGAUUGAUUAUGCGCAAUUGAGAACGACCCGCGUAUAAUUUUUCUAGCGUCAACCACGCUUCACGCGAGGUACUAGACUACUAGCAGCAGAGACAAAGGAGUAUAGGAUUCAGAAAUAGAGCAACGAAGGGCAUGAAGAAUCAACUUAUCUUGCCGGAUUCUGCCGAUUGGUGUUUCUCUCUCUAACCUUCCUCUCUUAAACAAACACCAAAAUGUCAGACCAACAUUAGGCGGCCCAAUCAAACUCGCAGCAAAACCAGGCUUGGGCCACGUUCUCCUUAAGCCCAAGGCAUGGGCAUUCGUUCUCCCAACUCAACCACGUUCGAUACUCCUUCUGCCAAACCCUUCUUUCAAUUUGUUUGUUUCCUUCCUCAGGCUCAAUAGUCAAUAGUCGUUGUCCUUUUGUGGGUGGAAAGCUCAGUGGUCACGACUCACAAGUCUUCUUCCCUUUUAAGUUUUAACGGAGUAACUACUCUAGUCGCUUAACCCAAAAAAAAAAAAAGAGAGAUAAUUUAAUUUGUUGUCUUAUUAUAUAAAACGAGUCAUUUCAAAUUAUUUGUACAAAUAAGGAUCAAUUGAAAUUCUACUUACCAAAUUUCUUCAUCAAACUAAUCAAUUUGAUCCAACAACAAGUUUCUUUAUUGUGUUCUAUAGUGAUACAACAAUUCGAUUUAUCAAGGCGCAGCAACUAAAAACAAGUGAUUGGGAAGAGAAAUAAAGCCGACAGAAGCAACCAGUCAACUGUGUUCCUACAAUGAGAAUGUAUGGGCUCAGGCUUUCAGUUUUGUGCAUACAUCAGUUUCCAUAUCCAAGCAAACCUUCAAAAGGCUGCUCACUUUCCCCUGCUGCCCUAGCUGCUUCAGUUCCUUCCUAGCUAUAUGUCAAACGAAGAGUGGGAAAAGGCGUUGUGUCAAUCAAUCUCUCUCUCUCUCUUCCCUUUUUUUUUUUUUUGUCCUUCUGGCUUCUUGAACUGGUGGGUAUUAUGAUCAUGAUCUGUUCAUUUUACCUUCAGGCAAUUGUCCCAUUGAAGAAGCAAACGAAGGAAGUGGGCAAAUUUCCAGGAGUAGGUAAGUGGCAGGAAAUGGGAAUGAGGAAGUGACACAGCAAUAGUUGAAAAAGCUGGUUUGCUUAUUGGAUUUUAAAAUAAGGGUUGGGAGUUUUAAAUUUGUUUUUGUUUUGGAUUUAGAUGAUUUGUUGCAUUACGGAUUUGAAAUAGUUUAUUGUUUAGUUGAUUUUUUACAAUGGAUUUAAAGAUUUGUGUACCAUUCAUGACCAUCAAAUUUUUGUUUUUCAUAACCAAAUCCAAAAUGAAAUGUGGGUUUGCAAAUUCACGUGGUCUACAGUAUACAUAUUGGAUUGGGAGUCAUUUGCUUGUUGGAUUUAAAAAAAAAACAAAAGUUUUGGUCAUAUUUUGGGUUUUGAAAAAACUUGGACUUUGUGAUUGGAAUGGAUCCAUUAUGGAUUUGAAAAAUGAUUAUUUGCUUGUUGGAUUUGAUGGUAGGUUUGGUCGAAUUAGAUUGUACGUAUAUAACACAUUUUAUAAUAUUUAUGGAUUUGGUCCAAAUAUCACCCAUAGACCAGGUUUUUGCAAAUAUGUGGACCUCAUGAAUUUGACGUCUCAAAAAUUGUCAAAGCAAAAAUGUGUUUUGUACCAAAUCUAUAAUGAUCAUGGACUAAGACUUGAAUCCAUACUUCAAAUCCAUUAAGCAAACAAACCCUAAAAAAACAUGUCAAAAUCCUUAUGUCCCACGGAUUUGUAUACGUCAACAAAAAAAAAAUUGUGUC